AUGGUAGGAUUUUCGGAUAUUCGACGAGGACAUGUGGUAUGCAUUAUGGGACCGAUGUUCAGUGGAAAAACGGUGACAGCCGAUGGAGCAACUUUGAUAGCGAGGACGUUGCGGGAGAUUAGAGCCGAGCUGUUUGCAUUGGAGACUGAAGUGAUUGCCAUCGAUGAAGGACAAUUCUUACGGUUACAAAAGUUGCAAGAGCUGCACUCUCACACUACAUGCUUUGCUAUUCAGUUUGACGACUUAUCGUACACAUGCGAACAACUUGCAUGCGAAGGGAAAUUGGUAUUGCCGUUCGUCGAAGUAUCGCAGUUGAUUUCGUUCAGCGAUGAAAUCAAGAAGCUGUCAGCAGUUUGCAUGGAUUGCGGUGACGACGCACCGUUCACAUUCAGAUGCACCAACGAGAGAGAAGUUGAAGUAAUCGGUGGCGAGGACACGUAUCGAGCACUUUGCAGAACUUGCUAUUACACACGUUCCAUUGAAAAGGACUGCAAACGUUCUAGAAGAGGAUGA